AUGGUGUUCUACACUGACUUUUUCUUCUCAAAUCCAUUUGCUGAGGUAGGUGGCCAAGACUUGGAGCCACCAGUGUUCCUGCCAGAACUUCUUGACACACCUGAAAGGAUCUUGAACAAUGCCACAUUCUUCAAUGGAGUCUUUCAAAAUGUGGAAAGCGUUGCAUUAUUUUUUGACUGCCUGGGUUCUCAUUUCACCUGGUUACAGUCCAUCUUCACUAACUUCCCUGCCCUGCUCAGCUUUGUGAACAAACUGAAGUGUGUCACUGGUUUUUGUCCCAGGGAUUUUGAAGACUAUGGUUGCUCUUGCCGGUUUGAGAUGGAAGGGCUCCCCGUGGAUGAAGCUGAUGACUGCUGUUUCCAGCACCGCAAAUGCUAUGAGGAAGCAGUGGAGAUGGAGUGCUCAUGGGAUCCAUCAAGGAUUUCUACAGACAUCAGCUGCUCUACUGAAAACCUGACCUGUGAGUCUGGGGAUCCCUGUGAGCAGUUCCUCUGCAACUGUGACAAAGAUGCCAUUGAAUGCUUUGUGAACUCACGUAUUAACUCUUCCUUGAAUGGGCUAGAUGUGUCCUUCUGUCCAGCUCUGGUUACAGAAACAACCAGCAAGAGAGAGAUGACAACAAUUCACAUGGAGGAGUUCCCUCAUCACAGGACUGACAAAAUAGAGGCUGCAACUGCAUCCAUGGAAGAAGUGAUUUCUUUUGAGCCCAAUGAAAUGGUUCUGGGGACUUCCAAAGCCACAGAAAAAGACAAACUUAUGGAAGCUGUGGUCCCAUUGCAAAAGAGAACCACCUCCCCAGCCUCCUUCCUGGGAGAUACUAACUCAAAGCAAGUCAAAAUUAUCCCCACUGAGAAGACUCCUGCAGGCACAUCUGCAAGGACAAAGGAAAAAGAGACAAGCCCUGCAAGGGGUGGACAGAGCACAGCUUCCUCUGGAAUAGCUCUGGAACUGGUGCUGUCUGACACAGGACCCCAUGGACCUGCAGGAAAAGUAUGUGAGCGAUUAACCUUUCUGCAAGAGGGAGGAAAUGGAAGAGGGAAGAAGGAGCUGCCCCAGCUAGGAGAAAUGCUGUUCUGUCUAACUGAGAGAUGCCCAGAGGAAUUUGAGUCUUAUGGUUGCUACUGUGGCCAAGAAGGAAGAGGUUAUCCUACUGAUGCACUGGACAGGUGCUGCUUCUCUCAUCACUGUUGUAUGGAACAAGUUAAGAAACUUGGAUGUCAUGCUGAAAGAAGUUCAAGAUCUGAAGUCCUAUGUUUCGAUCAUAAGCCAAAAUGUAUCGGUUGGAGCGUGUGUGAGAAACUCCUGUGUGCUUGUGCCAAGACAGCAGCCGAGUGCAUGGCUUCUGCCUUCUUCAAUGAAAGCCUGAAGUUUCCACACAGGCGGGAGUGCCAAGGGGAGAAACUAUUAUGUCAAAGAGACCCUUAUGAGAAGCCUUCAGCUGGCACAGAUAUAGACACAGGGACUUCCAGCUCUGAGGAGAGCAGUGAGGAGGAAGGACCACUGAGGAGUGUAUUAAGAAGAGGGAAGAGAGAGAUGCAUCUUCCCAUUGGAAACUCCAGAGGUGCAGCAUGA